GCACCUGAAGAUGUGCCAUAGGCAAUUGGCACUACUCUUAAAGAUUUGCAGCUUGACUUCUUAGAUUUAUUCCUCAUUCACGGUCCAAUCCGCAUCAAGAAAGGAACAACGCCGAGCCUUGAAACCUUUCUCCCACCUGAUAUUCCUGCUACAUGGGGAGCGAUGGAGAAGCUAUAUGACUCUGGCAAGGCUCGAGCAAUUGGUGUGAGUAACUUUUCUAGCAAGAAGAUGGAGGAUUUGCUUGCCGUCGCACGCGUGCCUCCAGCAGUCAACCAGGUUGAGUGCCAUCUGAUUUGGCAGCAAGACAAGCUCCGUAAACUAUGCCAUUCGAGGGGUGUUCAUCUUUCUGCAUAUUCGCCAUUAGGUUCACCUGGAACACCUCUACCUGGGAUCAUGGGGGCUAGUGUCCUUAGCAACCCUGUUGUCAUCUCUGUUGCCGAGAAGUUGCAGAAAACGCCUGCGCAGGUCGCCUUGCGCUGGAGUCUUCAAAUGGGUCAGAGUGUACUUCCAAAAAGCACCAAUGAAGCAAGGAUUAAGGAGAACUUUGACAUAUUUGAUUGGUCCAUUCCCAAAGAUUUGAUGGCGGAGCUCUCCGGUAUCAAGCAGGCAUGUCUCAAGUCUCAACACAUGUGUUUCUUCUGGUAUCGCAUAUCAUUGACUUCUAGUCCAUUUUUGUUGCUGGCGCUACAUGGAAAUCGGCAAUCCUUGAGAGACCAUCACCAUUCUUUUCUCGGAAAGGUUGCUGAAAGCAGAAUUCGCAGUUCACCCGCUAAGCAUUUACAAAACCUUGGAGGACCUUUGGGAUGGCGAAAUUUAAAGCACAUAAACUUCUCUGGAGUGAACAACGCACUGCAUAUCCGCAGUAUACCUUGUGUGUUAAAUAAAGUUAAUUCUUUGCCUUGGCACGCUCAACAAGGAUUGCAAGAAUAUCCGCCACAGUAUUAUGCAAAAUGUCUACCUGUCGGAGGCCCUUCUUUGUCUAGAAGUAGUAAUCAAUGUCAUCAUUGACCUUGAUGGCUACACUACCCCUUACCUUUAGGAGAGAAACCCCUCACUAUGAGCGCUUGUUAAACAAAAAGGCCACUUAGCUCUGUCAUAUACCUUUUCAAAAUUGACCUUGAAUAUGAAGUAAAAUGUACUGGUGAUCACUGUAUUUGUCUCAGCAGGUUUUACUUUGGU